AUGACACGAGUCGUUGCUCCGCCGAUUCUGUUACAGCUCCAGAGCUCGGAGUCGGCUUCCGCACAGACUGCUUUACUGCGCACGCUGAAGAAUGAACUGAUCGGUCAUGAUCAGCGCAAAGAGACCUAUGUUGCCGCCGGCAUUAUCCCGGUUCUGGGGCGGUUGCUGAGCUUGCGACGUCCGGGGAAAGCUACCGGAGCAGAGUCCAACGGAGCCGCCUUGAACCGGGCUCCAUUGUAUCAGCAUUCCGAUGAGUCUGAAGCAUGUCUCCAGGCUAUCUUGAUUGCUGGCAGCUUGGCCCAAGGGGGACCAACAUUCCUUGCUCCUAUCUUUGCCAGCGACAUCCUUCCAACCCUUCUCGCUAUACUAUCCUCCCCAGAUUGCCCUCCCUCCUUUACUCUUCCGAUCCUGCGAUUUUUGAAUACCAUUGCAGACCGAUUGCCACUGCAAAGCCAGGAUCAAUGGCCCCGAGACACCCGGCUCGCAGAUUUGGUCUUCUCAUCCGAACACAUUGGUUCAAUUAGACGAAUCAUUGCGCAGGACUAUGGCUCUUCACGCAAUCGAGCCUGUAUCGAGCUGGCAGCUGCAUUGAUCGGAAAGCUAUGCACAGAAGAGAUCCACAAGACGGCCUUGGCAGAGUCUGGAGUGCUGGAUGCUCUCGCUGUCAAGAUUGCCUCCUUCGUAGUGGCGCAAGGCUUCGUCCUUCCAGGCGCUGAAGAUAACCUACAGGACCCUGGUGCCCUGGGGGAACUCCCAGCCCCAGCCCCGACAUCCGCACGCCUGGCUCCCAUACUUCGUGCCAUCACGGUCAUCAUCGAACAGUCUAAAUGGCGGGCAGAGCACUUUCUGUCUUCACCGGGAAUCGUAACAGUCUUUCCCAAACAAGUUCCCGGAUUUGCUUCAUCAGACAUUAAAAGAGGUCCCUGGGGGUCAACUUACCUAUCCGGCUCCGCGGUGCCUCGUAACACCGGUGGUAAUCCAGUUGAUGCUUUGCUGCCAUCAGUGCCCCAGGCGCAUGGAAGAUCAUCACCAAACUCGGCUAAUUUCCCACCUCUGGGGAACGGUAGCUCCCAGCGUCGCCAUAGCCACUCCUUCCCUACACCGUUCUCGCUGGCCGAGACGCCAACCCCGGAAGAGGAGGAAAACUCCAUCGUCCCGUGGCUACUAUGUAUUCUCCGCUCCGAGGGAGGCAUGGUGCGAUUGAUGGCUGCUCGACUGGUCACGGUGCUUUUCCGCCUGGGCCUCUCGAAGAAGCAUCGGGUUCCAAUGUUCAGUUACUUGUUGGUGCCAAUUCUGCUUCGCAUGCUGGACAAGGACUUUGAAAUUCCCGAUGAUCACGACCCUUGCGAUGACGGCCUGAUUACUCCAACGCAGCGCUUGAAGGAGGAGGCACCGGCAGUAUUGGCUAACCUGGUGAUGGACGAUCAAGAUCUUCAGAAACACGCCGUCGAUGGCAAUGCGCUCAAGAGGUUAUCCCAACUGCUCAAGGAGACUUACAACCCUGUCCCCGAGAGUUUGCGACCAAUGUGGUAUGCGGAAGGCGAUGGCCCAGCACGGGAUCCCGAAUCCAUGUCUGCAGACUGCCGGCUCGGACCUCCUGGGUACUCGCCCACUCUAUGUCACAUCAUGCGGUACCGUGAGAGUAUCUUGAAGGCCCUGGCGGCACUGGUCCCAUUCAAGGAUGAGUAUCGCAAGGCGGUUUGUGAGAAUGGCGUAGUUCCAUAUAUCAUCGAUUCACUCAAACCUCGACCUAGCGAUGCGCCAGCCGAUGCUGCUUCAAUGCCUAAAAACUCAGCCUCCGACGGCAAUCCGACGCCGACAAUCUUGGCUGCAUGUGGUGCUGCUCGAAUGUUGACCAGAUCAGUUAGCGUAUUGAGGACCAGCCUCAUUGAUGCCGGAGUUGCUCAGCCAUUAUUCGUUUUGAUCAAGCAUCCCGAUUUGGAAGUCCAGAUUGCGGCCACAGCAGCAAUUUGUAACUUGGCGCUGGAUUUCAGUCCCAUGAAACAGGCAAUCAUAUCGUCCGACAUUAUUCCGAUUCUCUGCGAGCAUGCCCGCUCGUCUAACACCAAAUUGCGAAUCGAAUCGCUCUGGGCACUCAAACAUGUGGUCUACGACUCACCAAAUGACGUUAGAAUGAAAGUCAUCGAAGCUCUCACCCCGGGGUGGAUCCGGCAAAUCAUCAGCCAAGAUCAAGUCAGCGCAUUAGCACGACGAGGCCUGGAGGAGGAGGAGAUGGAUCAAAGUUCUGGAAUUGCCAUGGGUCGUGCCAACUCGUUCGGUGAACAGGUUGACAUUCUCAACCCCAUGGAAGACUCCGGCGAGCUGAGCGAGGACCUCAAAAUGGCCGACAGCAUGCCAUCCUCCAAGAUGAGCCUGGACAUGUUCCUGCCGGAUGUUAGGCGUCGACGCAAGCUUGUACUGCAUGGAUCGCUAGAGCAGUCCACUCAAUCUCGCCAGGAUGAUAUCGCAGUCCAGGAGCAAACCUUUGACUUGCUGCGCAACAUCAUUUGCGGUGAAGGUGCAGCCGAAAUGAUUGACUUCCUGUUCAGGGAAAUCGGACAGAAUGAGUUGCUUGAUGCUCUCGCCAAUAACCUCCGCCCACGUACAAUUCAGCUCGCUCAUCGUCGCGAAACGCCCAGCCGUCCCCUACAUGUUCCUUUGGAGAUCCUUAGCUCCGUCAGUGGCCUGCUCAUCCACCUUGGCGCAGGUCUUUUGCGUCAUCGGCAGCUGCUAAUGGCACACCCUGAUCUAUUGCACUCAUUGACAAACUAUUUCAACCACUCCAACCGCGAAGUGCGGCUUAACUGCGUGUGGAUAGUCAUCAACCUCCUCUACGUGGAGGACGCGAGUGACCGUGAAGGAUGCCGAGAGCGGGCUAGCCAGUUGAAGGCCCUGGGGAUCGCAGACCGCCUGGCUAGCCUUCAAGAUGAUUCGGACCUGGAUGUGAAAGAGCGUACCAAGACUGCGGUGCACCUUAUGAAUACGUUGACUUAG